CUGAUGUCACUGCGCAUGCCUGCCUGUGACAGGACGCUCGGGAAUGACGUCAGGCCCCCGCGGGUCCGCGCUCUCCGGAGCGCCAUGCUGGGCGCGUCAGGCACGGGGCUCGUGCGGGCCCUGCGGGCAGGGACGCAGGUGUGGCUGUGGGGCUCGCGCGGCCGCUCCCUCACCUUGCCGCACGCGGCCCGUGGGCUACACGCGGGAGACUGGCGGCCCUCAGCCGGGCGGGGACCGCUCGAGCGGCGGCCGAGCCUGCCUGCGGCGGCGAUCGUGAACUCGGCGCCCCGCCCUCUGCAGCCCUACCUGCGCCUCAUGAGAUUGGACAAGCCCAUAGGUGAGUGUGGACGGAUGUGGCGGUCCGGGGGCUGCGGGCGCAGUGGAAGUGAAGCCCGAAAGCCGGGGCUUGGCCGCCAGGUGCCGAAUACCGUCAAGACACCCGAACAGGGCUAUCUCCGAGGAACCUGGCUACUGUACCUGCCAUGUACUUGGAGCAUUGGUCUGGCAGCUGAACCAGGUUGUUUUCCAGAUUGGUACAUGUUAUCCCUCUUUGGCACUGGAGCUGUUCUGAUGCGUGGAGCAGGCUGUACUAUUAAUGACAUGUGGGACCAGGACUACGAUAAAAAGGUUACAAGAACAGCAAGUCGCCCAAUAGCUGCUGGAGACAUUUCAACUUUUCAAUCCUUUGUUUUUCUUGGGGGACAGCUGACCUUGGCACUGGGUGUUCUUCUGUGUCUGAAUUACUACAGUAUAGCUCUUGGAGCAGCAUCCCUACUUCUUGUCAUCACCUACCCGCUAAUGAAGAGAAUUACAUACUGGCCUCAAUUAGCCUUGGGAUUGACUUUUAAUUGGGGAGCAUUACUUGGAUGGUCUGCUGUCAAGGGCUCCUGUGAUCCAUCUGUUUGCCUUCCUCUUUAUUUUUCUGGAAUUAUGUGGACUCUAAUAUACGAUACUAUCUAUGCUCAUCAGGACAAGAGAGAUGAUGCUCUGAUCGGGCUUAAGUCCACGGCACUGCUGUUCCGUGAAGAUACCAAGCAGUGGCUCAGUGGCUUCACUGUGGCGAUGCUGGGGGCACUGAGCCUGGUGGGAAUGAACAUUGGUCAAACUGUGCCCUACUACACUGCUCUGGCUGCUGUAGGGGCCCAUCUGGCUCACCAGAUUUACACUCUGGACAUCCACAGACCUGAGGAUUGUUGGGAUAAAUUCACCUCCAACCGAACAAUAGGACUAAUAAUUUUUUUAGGAAUUGUCCUUGGGAAUUUGUGGAAAGAAAAGGAGACAGAUAAAACAAAGAAAAAUAUAGAUAAUAGAGUAGAAAAUUAGCAAAUUAAGUUUAUCUGGGGAUUUUUAAAACAAACUUUUACAAAAUACUCACAGGUCUUAUUACCACAUAACUAGAUUUGAAUAAGUCUUACAAUAUGGUAAUGAAUUACAAACCAGUAGAUGAAGUUGUAGAGCAUUUUUGCCUGGAUUUUAGUUCAACUAUGUACUAGUCAAAUUCUUCCCCAUCACAGAAACCAGGAACUCUUCAGGAUUUGCGAUCACCUGGAGUAUUUAAGUUAUAAUUCUCAUCUGCAGUUACAGGAAUUAUAUGAGUUUUGGCACUUUAGAAGAAAACUUGAUGUGUGUCUCAUCUAAAUGACUGUCUUUGUAGGAAAAUGGACUCUCUUUUUAGGGCAAAAUAAAAGCUGCUACAGGAAGUUGAGGCUUAUUGUUCUUUGCGUUGACCUUUACUUACUGCCAAAAGCUGUAAUUCAGGAAACCGUUCUGUUUUUUAUAUUUUAGGAGAAUUUAAAUCAGUAAAUAAAAUUUUUUACCUGUU